AUGCCGCCUAGAAAAUCAAGAAACCUGAGCUCAUCAGGAGACGAAGUAUCCGAGGACAAACCGGAUGUAUCCUCCAAAGCAUCAUCAUCGAAACGAGCGCAAGAUCAAGAUGGGACUGAGGGUGCUGAGCCCAAAAGCAAGAAAUCCAAAUCAUUCAAUUCCAAGGAAAGUUCCGGCGGUGAAGUCGAGAUCGAAGAGAAUGACGAUGGAGAUUCGUUCUUCAAGCUGAGCGAAUACCGUCGAUUGACAGUCCGAACAUUCAAGGGUAAAGUUCUCAUAGACAUCCGAGAGACGUACAAGGACAAGUCGACUGGUCAGAUUAAACCUGGUGCAAAAGGUAUAAGUCUCACUAAAGAACAGUGGGAUGUACUCAAAUCGAAUAUCGAUAAUGUAGAUGAUAUGAUAGUCAAGGUUCAUGACAAGUAA